UUUGUAACUUGCCACAUCCAAACAACAACAUUGUUAUUGCACAGCCGCAGCGCAAAGAGAUGGAAGCCAUGGCCGUGUUUAGCGGAAGCAAUAUAUCUGUUACAUCAUCCUCUCUCCUACGCGCCACCAACUCAAACUCAAACAUAUCUCAAUUACGCGCCACCCACCUCUCUGCAUUUCCUUCAAAAUCCCAUCUUUUCUCAAUUUCUACUUCUUCUUCUUAUCCUAAAACCUUCCGCACUAGAGCCACCACCAAACUCGGCAAUGGCAUUUUCCUUCCACACUUAAUCGCUUCUCUGGAACAAGUUGACCAAACUUACAUUAUGGUCAAACCCGAUGGCGUGCAACGUGGUCUUGUGGGUGAAAUUAUUUCUAGGUUUGAGAAGAAGGGGUUUAAGUUAACUGGCUUGAAGCUAUUCCACUGCUCUAAAGAAUUAGCUGAGGAGCAUUACAAGGACCUAAACCAAAAGUCAUUCUUCCCUAAGCUGAUUGACUAUAUUACUUCAGGCCCCGUCGUGUCUAUGGCAUGGGAGGGUGUUGGAGUUGUGGCAUCAGCGCGUAAGCUUAUAGGGGCUACAGAUCCUCUUCAAGCUGAACCAGGCACAAUUAGAGGAGACUUUGCUGUUCAAACAGGAAGGAAUAUUAUUCACGGCAGUGACAGCCCUGAAAAUGGCAAGCGUGAAAUAGCUCUAUGGUUCAAGGAAGGCGAAUUAUGUGAAUGGACUCCUAUCCAACAACCAUGGCUAAGAGAGUAAUAAAUCAAGGAUGCACAGUGACAAUGAUACAUGCUGUGUUUAAGUUCAAUAAUCUGUUCAAUUGUUUUCAGUUUUCAAUGUAGCACUUCUUUAACCUCUCUGUUCAAACAGUUACUCAGAAUUUUCUAUACAAUUUUGCAUUUGACUCAUCCAA